UAAUAAAACUAUCUGAUCAUAUUAUAGUGUAGUUAUUAAGUAAUAAUAUAUAAAAAUGCCUGCCGUCGAAAAGUGUGUCAUCUACGAUUGGAAGCGACUGUGGCAAAUGGUGUCUGGCGUACACUAUGAGACGCCAAGGGGAACAGUGCGCGAGGAGCUGCUCAACGUUUGCUCCGAGCUGCAAGCCGGCGUGCUGCAGUUCAAGCCAAAAAGUGCCUCCAAUGUGCAGCUGGCCGCGCUGCUAAAGGAGAAGAAACAGGAGAAACUGUUGGCAUUUACGGUACGAUUGCAGGAGCUGCUCAACCUGGAGUCGGCUCAAUGCUGGGAGAUCUUAUGCUAUUAUCUGACCAAGGAGUAUCGCGGCUCUGCCAGCCUCCUAACUCAGCUCAUCUCAAACGAGACAAACAUGAUGAAACUGCUCGAGGACAUCAGACACUAUUAUUCGCUGGAGCGCAUGAUUGUCCUGAAGAUACUAAAAAAUGUGCUCGUUUUCUACAAAGUGCCCAAUCAUCCAUACCACAAUGAGUACAGAGAGGUUGUUGACAAGCUGACGCUGCCCCGCAUUGUCGACUCAUAUCUCAAUCAAUUGGAUAGUCUGAUUAAUGAGCUGCCGCCGCGGAAGCUGCUGGCAGGUGAAAGCUUUCACUGCACCGCAAUUUUGACCAACUGGUCGGAGCGCAAUGCACGCGAGACGAACGAAGUGCUACACAUUCUUCUGCUGCUCAGCGAGCAUAAGCCUAUGGAUCUGGGACAUAUCAAGCGACUGUUUGCCACCAUAAAGCAGCACUCGUUUGGACACCUGCAGAACCAUCUGAACAAGGACAACCUCUAUCACAAAGCCCUGAUCGAAAAUAUAACGUAUUCGGAGCUGGUGUUGCUAUUAAAGUGUUUGGAUUUUGAGCAGCCGGGCGAUAAUGCCAAGCUAAUCGAGCAGCUCGUCAAAGAUCUGCACGGCGAAAUAACGAACAUGGAUCAUCGUCCCGAACAUGGCCCAUUGCUGCUGACAUGGAUGAUGCUACGGCUGCGUGGCACCAACGAUGCUGACGAUGCGUCGAGUCUGCUGCGCUGCCGCCAACUAGGCAAACGAGCCGUCGAACUCAAGUGCUUUGUGCAACUCCACGCGAUUGUCACGCAUGCGAUGUUUGCCGAUGACAGUCUGUUGUCGCGCAUUGUUCGCAAAACCAUUUACAAUCAGCUGAGCUACUUGUGCGAUCUCUUUGACGGCGAUGGCAGCUGUGCCCGCUACGAGGGCAUCUAUGAGCUGCUUUGUGAGCUGCUCUCCUGGCCACAAUUGGCAAAGGAUUUUUGCACUCAUGAAGAGGAUGGCGUACGUUCACUGUACAAUUCGUUGCUGGAGAACUUUCCAUUGCAGUUCACCAACUUGGCCAAGAUAGCUCAGGCGCUCAGCAAAGCAGGCCAAGGCAACUAUAUCAAAAGCCAGUUGGAAUCGCUGCCAAUGCUCGCAUUGCUCUAUGACGAGCAUGAGCACAAGGUGAAGGAGCUGAACGCGAAUGAAUACGAGUUGACCAGCGUAAUGCAGCCAUUUCCGCGCAUCGAUUAUACACUGCCUGCCGGCACCAGCUGCACCGCUGUGCAACAUACAAACGGCUUCUAUAUGCAUUUCCGCUGCAGUGUCAACUUUUUCAAUGCGCUGCAUCACGAGAUCAACUGUUUGCUGCGCGAGAAGGCGCAGCUUCAUGGUGACUUUGAAUCCAAUGAGCGCAUAAAGCGCGUCGAGGCGGGUCUCAAGUAUCUGGAAUUGGCUGUGCAGCGCACCAAGUCCGUGGAGGGCAUCAGUGCUGAGAUGGUGCAUCCCACAGAGAUGUGCAUCGAUCUGUUGAGCAAAUUUAAGAGCGUGCAAUGCCCACCAGUUGGACUGCUCUCCAAUUGCCUGAAUGUCUGCACGGCGCUGCUGCCCCUCGUCGACGAGGAGAUCUUCAUGCGCAUCAGCAAUCUGGACAUAUUGCCCACGACCAGCAAUCAGUCGCUACACGACUACAAGCUCUUUGCCAGCGCUGCCUACUUCGAGUCGCGAUUCCUUGGCUCGGUCAUCGACCAUGUGGAGAAGAAGAAGGAACGCUACGAUUUUCUCUUAGCCUACUUGAGUUUUCUGCGCACCUACACAAAGCUGAAGCGCAAGCGAUAUCUUCAAGUGGAGAUACCAGGAUUGGUCUUUCUGUUGCGCGAUGUAUUUCCUCAUCUACACACGUGGCACUUCAAGUCGCAUCUGGACAAGAAUAAGAUCUACUUCGAAGUGCUCAGCCUAAUCUGCGAUCUCUUUGAUAUCAUCGGCAGCAGCAGCGAUGUCAAAUGCGAACAGCGCCAGCUGCUGCUCAAUGUGUGCGUCUAUUCUCUGCUCAAUCUGGACAAUGGAUUAAUUUUAUUGAGAUUUGUUGGCGUUGGCAAUGCGUAUGUGCAGCACACCAUGGAGCUGGAGACGAACUGGAUGCAGCAGCAGCCACAUGGACUCAUGAUGCUCGUGCGCCUCUCCAUGAGAAUACUUAUGCAGGUGCUGUGCCUCAAGAGUCACGUGUAUGCCGCCGACACACUCUCGCCACUGGAGGCCCUGAUCUACACGCAGCCCAAGCAGCGAGACACGUUGCGCAUAAUACCCACUGUGUGCAGCUAUAUGAGUAACAUAUUUGAUCGCUGGUUGCCAAUUGUUUCGUGUCGACUGCUCAAGCGCAUUGCGUUGGAAUUCAACAUGUCGCUGCUGGCCUGCUUGGACAUGGAAGCGGAUCAAAUACGUUUGACAUUCAUACAGAAACUGCCCGAUGAGCUGGAGAGCGAUUCGAUUAAGAUAGCCAUAUUGGAGCUGGUGGAGGCGUGCAUUGGCAAGCAGCCGGGCGUCACGGAGGCAUUCUUCAAGGUGAACUAUGCGCACGAGAAGCGCUCCUUCUUCGGCAAGGAGUGCACGCCCAGCAUUGGCGAUAGCAUCGUGACCUACAUGAAAGAGUUUCUCGAUGCGCUGGAGACGGAACCGCUCACCGUACAGCAGGCACUGCCCUGCAAAAUCAUGAACAUCUUUCACUCGCUAUGGAAGCACAAUCUGCAAAUGCUGGUCAAUGAGCUGCUCAAGCAGCCAAAAUUCUGGACAAAGCUCUGCUCAUCGCUGUUUGCUAAAUCCACGGCCGAGCCACAAGUGCGCGUCUACACGCAGCUCAUCAACAUUGUCUCCAUUGAGAUCUAUAGCACGGGCAUGAGCCAAAAGGAUGAGCUGCGUCAAGUGUUGACCAAGUUCUUUGAGCGCGACUCCUUCCAGCAGUGGCUGAACUAUGUCUUCGAUAUGCCCAAAGUGCCAGCGGUGCAGAGCGCCAGCGAUGAGCUACCCGACUGGAUUUGUUGCCUGCAAUCGUUUAAGGAUCUGAUUAUCAUACUGCUCAAGAAGCAGCCCAAGUUUCUCAGCAUACCCGAUGCACAGUUUAAGCUGCUUGCCAAAAAGUGCCUGACGGUGCUAGUGGAUCGUGCCAACUACUUGGAGGAUAUGCGUCCCUUUAUCAUGCUGGCGGAGCUCUACAUAUUUAUACUGCUGCAAUUCAAGCAAGCGUACACUAGCAGCACCGAGGAAGAGCAGGAGCUUAUGGAUCAGCUGCAACAGCUUAUGACCCGCAUCUGCGCCUGCUACGAGGAUCUACAUGUGCGUGCCAAGGAGGCGUGCCUGGCCAUCAUCACCAAGUGUGCGCAUCUCUAUUCAAAUCUCCUGAUCCGGGACUCUUCCAUUGCGCUGCGCUUCCUCAACUCUGUGGUCAGCAUUAUCUGCACGGAGCUGCAAAGUAUAGAGAAAUCAGUGAAUAUAGAACCGCAGUCGCCACCGCUGCCGGUGGAAACCACUGGCAAGCUAGCCACCACCUCGAAUUCGCUGAUCUUGUGCCUCAAUCUUCUCAAGGCGGUCGCGACCAUUUUCAACAAUGAGGGACCUGUCAACUGGGAUUUGCCAUUUGUGUCUGUGCGCCUGUUCCAGCGUCUGCUGCACUGCGUCUCCUACACGCUACCCAUGCACAGCAAACAGGUGCUCAGCGUCCAGCUGCUGGACGUGCUGAUUGUGUUCGCCAAGAGCAAUUGUUCCAGCGAAUUUCUGCACUGCGAUGUCGGCGAGUAUCUGUGGCUCAAACUAUUGCCGCCGCGGGAGCUACUCCAAUCCCGAUACGAGUUCAAUAAGGCCAGCAGCGAUGUGUGGACCAUCGAGCAGUGGUGGCCCAUCUAUUCGCGCGGCAUUGAGCUGGUCAACAUUAUCUAUGACAAGCACAAAAAGUGCUUCCUGCCGCAGGCCCUACAAUUUGUGGGCAUACAUGAGGUGUAUCUGGUGGAUUCGCUGCUGCUGGGCAAGCAAUCGUUGGAGCCAGAAGCCAUGCAGCUAAUCAAGGCGGCCAUCUCACUGAUCGCCAGCUUGACGGAGCAUCACAAGGAGUGGGCGGAGGAUCACAGCUCCUCGCUCUUCAACAUUAUGAAUGCGGUGCAGAAUCUAAUGGGCCAUGCCACGUCCAUGUUCCAUCAGCAGCGCAACUUGAAGUGUCUGCUCGUCGGACGACGCUCCCAAUUGAAAAUACUGUGCAACACGGAUCCCAUUGCCAUCGAUAAUGACAUUAUCAAUGCCUGCAACGACCUCACGGACAUCAUUAUCUACUGUGUGAAGGCGCUGCAAAAGUUUACGCCAGAUCUGUUGGAUUUGUUGUGCUGUGGCUACUAUGAGCCACACAAAUGGCAUCCCAUACUGGAUGCCAAGUUCAGCGCGCCCAAGCUGAAUGAGAGCAGUUUGACGCUCACCUUUGGCAUGGUCCUAAACAUGGUUACCAUCUAUGUGAAGGCGCUCAACAUGCAAAACCAUGAAUUUAAUGGUGCACCGCUCAAUGUUCUGCCCAACGUGGAGUUUGGCGCGGAGGUGUCAAGCAGCGAAAAAACCGGAAACAUGAGUCGAGGGCAGCGCAGCUUUACGCAAUCCAUAUCGGCAGCGACGUGUCCGUCGAACGAGCUGCUCUCGAAUAUGGAUGGCCAGCUGUGCCUGGUGGCGCUGGAGCAUCUGCUGAUGUUGGUUGCCUCGCAGAGCAUUUUUAUGAUACGCUCGCCGGAUCUGGAGCCGCGCUGGAAGCAGAUUGUGCGACGCGACAUUAGUAGUGAGCUGCUCAGCUUUCAUGAGUUUGUGCGGCGCAAGGUGAUUGUGGAUCAUCGGGACUCGCGUUGUCCGUGGGUGCGACGCAAGCAUGGACUGCUCAAGUUCCAGCAAACGGAUGCGACGCGUCAUGGGCCCGGCCAGCCGCGGAGCAGCAGCAGCACAGAAGUAGUACGUCGUAGCAGCACCACCAAUAAUGAGCUGCGGGUGAAUGUUGUGCGGCGACUGCAUCUACAACAGCAUCAGCAUCAACCGAGUCCCAGUGGAGUAACCAAUCCCAUGGCUGCCUCUACGCCACGUGGCAUGUCCACCGACGUGGCAGAAAUACCAUGUGCCGAGAGCAGAAAACGUUUGUAUUCGGAUGUGCCAUCGGCCAACGAGCUACAACAUUUUCCCCCCUCGACGGAGACCGGCUACUGUGAGCUAUCGCAGGUGCAGCUGGUCGAGGAGGACUAUCUGCAGCUGAUGUAUGCGCUGUUUGGCGUCAUAUCGCAGACUGAGUAAGCUCUUUUUCGACUGUUAUCUUGAUUCUUAGUCGUUGUAUAAAUUUAUUGAAUAAAGUUUAAUUUUUAACAUAA